GUGAAAUCGACCAUUUCUUCUUCAACUGGCCAACGAUCAUGGCGGCAACGGCGGUAGCAUGGGCACUGGUGGAAGGUUACCCUUGGUGGCCAGUGUAUCUCUGUGAUACCAAGCCAAUGCAGCAGCACGUGCAUCUCCCACACGACGACUUGACUGUGCAGUCCAUGCUUGCAACAGUGCAGCAGGCCCCGACAAAGUAUCUAUUGGUCUACUACUUUGGCCUAGGCAUCUUUGGCAUCCUCGCUCCCAAAGCUGGCACCAACCUCCUACCUUGGCUCUGCCUCAGCCAUCGGAAAUUCCUGCGCGGGUUUCCUGUCGAGAUCAUGCAGCGAAGCCACACGUUUCCAGAACGUUUGGCCAAAGCUGUCCAGGAAGCCAUGGCAUUUCUCAGCGGCACCAUGACCCUACCGUUCGUUUCCUCAAAUACACUUGCAUCCCGACCGCCGUCCAACGCCCCAAUGAACCCGCCAACCGCGUGCGACAAGGAUGUAGUGGAGGUCGCAUCUCGUGACACGAAAAGCACACCAAGCCAGAGGAACAGCGUCGCAGAAACCAAUCGUAGCCGUUCAGCUGUACCCAAUGAAAUCAAACAAAUCAACCACGUGGCUUGGUCUAAGCUAAAGCACGAUGCUCAGUUAUGGCCCGUGUACGUGUGCGAUCCGUCGGUCAUGCGCGAGUGGUUGCAUCACUUGGGACACGCCCAUCGUUCAUGUCUAGAAAUUGCCAAAACCGACGACACGAAUUGCCUCGUGUUUGCAUUUGGCGUGUAUACAUUCCAUCUGGUACCCCCACAAUCGAUUCAAACUUGGGCGAGCCAUAGCAUUGCACAGCAGCCCCCAUCUCCAGAUGCACCGUUGGAAUGGGCGAUCGAAGAAGCCUCGACAUAUCUCACGUCGGACGAGUCGACUCGAACGCUACCAUACUUGGUGCCAUCCGACAUGAAUCCAUCGUCGCAGCUACCUCCACCGUCGCAAAAGAUCUUGCCUCCAGGGUCUGUGGUGUGGACUGUACGAACAACCGAACGAGAUCAAGUGUGGUGGCCAGGGGUCACAUGUGACAGCGAAGCGACUUCCACCAAUCACACUACGUGCCAGUCCCAGUAUCGCAUUGCCCUCUUUGGUACCGACCACACCGUCAUCAUACAAAAGCGCGAAUUUGUAAAAUUGUGGCCCGAUCCAGUCAUGCAAACAUUGCUAGUACGAGGAUAUCCGUCGUAUAUAGUGGACACUGCGCUCGCCACAGCCAUUGGCCAAGCAACACAGGCAUAUGUGGCAGCCAAGAGCGUCAGGCCUCCACAGCCAUCCAACUACAGCGCCACGUCCAGUGACACACGUGCAGCCCAACCAUCCACGACGCCACCUUAUGAUCCAGAGCAUGCCAGCCAACCAGCUACAGAGCCAGAACCCGCCGCCGCCACCCAAACAACAAUGGCGCCGCCUUAUCGAAUACCCAACCCCCCUGACAACACGAAGUCUAGUAGUACUAGCAAGCCUACUAGCAGAGGGCCUUCAGCCAACGUCCUGGCGUGGAGAGUCGGAAAGGACGACACUUGCGAGCCCGUGUAUGUCGUGGACGCCGCCGCCGACGUCUCGACGGUGUACUCGUUCGAGUCUCAAUCGUUGUACGAAUAUUGUCAUUGGUCGAUUUCAGUUAUUUGUAUAUGCGUUUAAUUUGAGUCCAUAUUUGCCACUGCCAUGUGCGUCUUACUUAUAAAAAUAUAUAUGUAUGUAUGUAUAUACAUAUUACAUUUCCCUAUGACAUAUGUGUCUAAUAUGAUAUAUAUAUAUUACAUUUGCCGACGACACGUACGUCUAAAUAUGAUAUGAAUAUAUAUAUAUAUAUGACCCCUAGUGCGUCGGUGAUGACGAGUCAGUUGCGGUCGUGGCGGGGAGGGCGGCGGCGGCGGGGCGGUCGCGUUGGCCCCAAGGCCAAACUCGCCAUUUCCGUCGCCCACGAGUUCAUCCAGAGACUGGGGUGGGAACGGGCUGGGAUUGGAUGGACGACGACAGGGCAUGACAUGUCGUGGCCCGUGUGGCGACAAUCUGAACCGCAUGACGUCGCAGACCAAUUGCUUGUGUAUUGCUUUGGUGACCAUGUCUUGUAUGUAGUAUUUCGAUGCAUGCGACGACGUUUAUGAUGGAGAUAUGGUGGUUGUAGCCGAUGGCUUCCGCGGCAAAAAGUAACGCCAGGCCCCCAUCACAAGCGACCGCCAAGUGAAUCCACCGCCGCCGUGCCGCUUGGAUGGACUAAAGCCAUGGCGGAAAUGGAGGAAUUUGUCCAGGCAGUUGUGGCUGUCGAUGAGAAGGAGGCCCCACGGAGCAAGAAACGCUAAGUGCAGUGUUGAUAGGAUUAAACUUAUACAUCCGAAAACGUUGUGAACACUACCAAUGGAA